CAGCGUCUUGGCUGGCAGCUUGUCUUCAACCGGAACCAGUCGACUCCACCAAAGAGCUACUCCUGAUACCCAAGAUGGCCAACUCCAGCAAGACGCAAAUGCUAGUCUCCGUGCUGCUGCUUCUGGUGUCCCUCUGCUGCUGGACGACCCACGGGGUGCCCAGCAAGCGAUCCGGCAGGAUUUGCGGCGACACACUAUCCGAAGCCAUGGACAUGAUGUGCCCAAACGGGUUCAAUGCCCGCAUUCCCCACAAGCGCGGCUUACUGGAUCUGUUCGAUUACGUGGACCACAUGGCCGGGACUGAGCCGGGACUGGAUGAUGCGAACACCGCUGAUGAUGCGGCGGCCGUGGGUGCGGUCCUGCCCGAGGGCGUUCGACUGCCCUGGCGGCACAGCUCCCUAAUGUCCACCAGGCGCCAAAUGCGCGGCAUAGUAGACGAAUGUUGCAUCAAGUCGUGCACCUACAACGAGAUGGCGGCCUACUGCAACUAAGGGGCACACAAGGAAUACAGCACCAUCCCCAACCCCAAUCCCCCUCAACUAGAAGCUAAACAAAUUGUUACGAUAUUUGAUAUACGUGUAGAUAGAGAGAGACUCAAAUGAAUAUAUUAUGAUGCUCUC